CGGGACAAUCUAAAAAUAACAGGCAACCUUUUUCUUCUUCUUCUCAAAUUACAAUUAUAGUUGUCUCUAAAGUCCCGGGGUAUCGAUUUGCCGCCGUGUUCACUUCGCAGCAUCCCACAGUUCUGUUUACAGAAUCAGGAGUACUUCCCGGCAGAAUUCAAUUUGGCUAAAUGACAUACACGUUCCACACUUAAUCUCAGAACUCCUGACGAUUCGACAGUAUAUUUAUACCUCGAUCGGUCUAGAGGACCUGACUCCCCCCUCCCCCCUGCUCAACAACCUAGAUGGCCGAGAGAGACACAUGGGUUGAAAGGUGCGUAGGAUCGUCGGCAGUUGUGUGGCCGUCGGAGUCCAACCGAACGUUGGGAUGCGACAUAAAACCCAUCCAGCGAUUCCCAACUUUUAAAAACGGGCUGAGUCUCCGUUUGGGGUCUUGAAGCGACGUGUGACAGUCAGUAUCUACGAUAAAAAGAGGAAAAGCCACCAUCUGCCCGCCAUCAACAUGCAGUUGAGGAACUUCGCACUCCUUGCCGCCGCUGGCAUCGCGCCUAGCGUCAAUGCCGCAGCGACUCUCCGUUUCUCGUGCUCGCAGCUCGUUGUCGAGCGACUAGACCCUCUCGUCAACCCCGGAGAAAGCCCAUCCCCCCAUCUACACCAAGUCGUCGGAGGAAAUGCCUUCAACGUCUCGAUGGACCCCGCCGUGCAUGACCUCCCCACGACGGCAACCUGCACAUCAUGCACGCCCACCGAAGAUUUCUCCAACUACUGGACCGCCGUCCUCUUCUUUAAAGCCAAGAACGGCACCCUCCACCGCGUGAACACCUUCGGCAACGAGCUCGGCUUCACGCAGGCCAAGGGCGGGCAGACGGUGUACUACCUGACCUCGGGCAAGGCGACGGCCUUCAAGCCCGGCUUCCGCAUGACGGUCGGCGACCCCAAGAUCCGCACCGCCGAGGAGCUCAACCGGCGCUACAAGUACAUGGACUUCACCUGCCUUCAGUCGUCCAUGACCCGCGGCGGCCAGACCACCUACUUCCCCAAGCAGCCCUGCGCCGCCGGCAUCAUGGUCAGCAUCCGCUUCCCGACCUGCUGGGACGGCAAAAACGUCGACAGCCCAGACCACCAAAGCCACGUCGCCUACCCCUCGGGGACCUCCUGCCCAUCCACACACCCCGUCGUGAUCCCCCAAGUCUUCUACGAAACCUACUGGGACACGCGCCCUUUCAACAACAAAGCCGAGUGGCCCGCCGACGGAUCGCAGCCGUUCGUGUGGUCGUUCGGGGACCAGACGGGGUACGGGAUCCACGGGGACUACGUGUUCGGGUGGAAGGGGGACGCGCUGCAGCGCGCGCUCGACGCCAACUGCAACUCGGACCUCUUCGCCAACCGCAUCAACUGCCCCACGCUGCAGACGCAGUCGCUCGAGCAGGCCAACACGUGCACCAAGACGAGGACUGUCGACGAGGAGUUGGAUGGGUGGUUGGCGCAGUUGCCGGGUGGCAUGCCUAUCUCGUAAAGGGGGGUUCGGGGCUCAUGAGGAAAAAUACCUAGAUGGGAGGACUCUCCUCUUGCCUCAACCAAAGCUACCUACCUAGCUAGCCGGGUAGUUUCUUCAUACCUAACUACUCACCCUACUACCCGAUGGAUAUCUACUUAAAUGCCUAACCUCUAGGCACUUGACAGUUGGCAUUUUUAUCUUAUCUUAUUUUACUUACCUAUUCAUUGCAUAUACCUUACCUAUAGCUCAAUAGAUUGAAUACACUGUUCA